UCAAUAAUAAUUCAUCAACAAUGGAUGACUUUAAACAACCAACAACCACAUCCGGCAGCACUUCUUCCAUGCCACUUUUAAUCCUUAAUUGCAUUCUACUCGCCGUAGGAAUUACUGGUGGCCCAUUGGUGAUGCGUCUUUACUUCAUUAACGGAGGUGACCGUGUCUGGCUAUCCUCUGGCUUAGAAACCGCAGGAUGGCCAUUAAUUAUAAUCGUCUUAAUAAUCCUCCACCGCCAUCGUCGUGCCACAAACAAAUAUCUACCCGGUAAAACAACCAAAUCCAUCUACAUGCGUCCACGACUAUUUUUCGCUACCGCAGUAGUAGGCAUUUUAACCGGUCUCGAUGACUAUCUUUACGCAUAUGGUGUCGCCCGUCUUCCUGUUUCAACAUCAGCCUUAAUCAUUGCUGCCCAGCUUGGCUUCACAGCUGUUUUUGCAUACUUACUAGUGAAACAAAAGUUUACACCUUAUUCGAUUAACGCAAUCGUGCUUUUAACAAUUGGGGCGGGCAUAUUGGCUUUGGAUUCAAGUAGUGAUAUGCCAGAAGGAGAAACUGAGAGAGAAUAUUACUUAGGGUUUAUUAUGACAGUUGGGGCGGCUUUAUUGUAUGGAUUUGUUUUGCCGUUGGUUGAAUUAACGUACGAGAAAGCAGAACAAGAGAUUACAUAUACAUUGGUGUUGGAGAUACAGCUGGUUAUGUGUUUCUUUGCUACUCUUUUUUGUAUCGCCGGCAUGAUUUUAGCCCAUGAUUUCCAGGCGAUUCCAAAGGAGGCAGAUAAAUUCGAAUUAGGGAAAGUGACUUAUUACUUGGUAUUGUGUGCUAGUGCUUUAAUUUGGCAAGGUUUCUUCUUGGGAGCGAUUGGAGUGGUCUUUUGUGCAUCAUCGUUGUUAUCGGGUAUCAUAAUCGCCGUUUGUCUUCCAUUAACCGAAAUAUUAGCAGUCAUAUUCUAUAACGAGAGUUUUAAAGCCGAUAAAGGUGUUUCACUUGUUUUGUGUUCAUGGGGAUUUGUCUCUUACUUCUAUGGUGAAUACAAGCUCUCAAAAAAGACAAAAGCCAUGACACAAUCUUCUCAACAAUCUAUGGAGCUUGCCCAAACGGUAUAAUCAUGUAUAGGAAUCAUGAAGCUUGUAUUUGCUUUUGGUCACUUAAACAAAUAAAAUCAAAUGUCCAUACAUUUUUAAUCAUGUCUCC